AUGUUGAAAACGGGCCUGGAGAUGAGUGAAUUUAGUGGCUUAGUGAAUGGCUUGCCCAGCUCCUGGCUGAGAAAACAGUGCAGUCUAAAAGUACCCGCUAGUGGUCUUGCAGCCGUGCUGGCCGAAGGACAACAGCAGGACGUCGAAGCAGAGAGUGUUAUCAACACCAUGCUGGUGACAUGUGCUGUUUGUUGCUACCUGUUUUGGCUGAUUGCGAUUCUGGCUCAACUCAACCCUCUCUUUGGGCCGCAGUUAAGCAAUGAAACAAUCUGGUAUCUUAAAUCUCACUGGCCUUAAGGAUGUCUGUCCUCUGCUGCAAUUUAUUGAAUAGGUACAGAAGAGAUUUCCUCCAGAUGAAAAACUCUGCUGACCCAAAGAUGCCCUUAACAUAGCUGGUUGGAUACCAAGCCUGCUUUAAUGCCUUAAUGUUUGUAUUGUGCUUCAAAAUGGCUUGUUCAAAGCCCUAUAUUUUUUCCUAUUUUCCUACUAUAACAUUUAACACUGUGCCUAAUACAAUUUAUAACUCCUCUUCUGUUCUGUAAAUUUUUGUCUAUUAACGAACGGCCAGUGAGAUGGGAACUUCUAAGUCUUUUUUUAAUGGAUACAUGGAGUCGUCGUCUUCGUUCACUUUGCUCGCUCUGUAUGAGCACUGUAGAUCUUAGAGGUCCUAGGUUGUCUGUUGCUGGGCUGUUCACCCCUGUUCUGUUUGACUGCACUGGGGAAAAUGUGUGCAAUGAAUCUUUAUGAGGAGAGGAGAAACAAUGCUGCCACAUGUUGAUGGCAUUUAUUUUUUAAAAUGAGUUGUAUCUUUGGGAAAUUUGGUCUUAUAUUUCUCAUACCUGGAAAUAAAACUAAUCCUCCAUAGCAGUUA